UUGCUUUCUCUGCAGAUCAUUAUUAAUCCACCGUCCAAAAUGAAUAUCCAGCUCCUCAUCUUUCUCGCAGCGCUGACCACAGUGUUCGCUGCCUGUCCUGCACAUUGGUCUGGACAUAGGGACAAAUGUUACUUCUUCAGUAGAGACAAUGAGACGUUUUCGGACGCUCUGAUACUCUGUGAAAUGCUAGGAGCUCAGUACCGUAGACCUGCCUCCAUUGCCACCAUAGAUGGCGCCAACACACAAAAAUAUCUGGCCAACCUGAUUAGGCACUCCGGAUCUAAUGCUUACUAUAUUGGUGUCAACGAUAUUGUCAACGAGGGUGAAUUUGUAUGGAUUUCUUCUGGACAGAAUGCUACUUAUUUGAACUGGGGUCCCGACCAGCCCAACAACCGAUGGGGAAAUGAAAAUUGUGUUGUCAUUAGAAACGAUCCAGGUCAAGGGUUUGACAUGACGUGGUCAGAUGACCCCUGUACUGAUCUGAACACGUAUAUCUGCGAAAUGCCCAUCAUCAACACCAAUGUGGAUUCCGUGAAUUAUCAUGUUAUCAAAAUCGCAGCACUAUAUAAGUGCACCAACUUGGUUUCUCUACAGAUUACAAAUAAUCAACCGUCCAAAAUGAAUAUUCAGCUCCUCAUCUUUCUCACAACACUGACCACAGUAUUCGCUGUUUGUCCCACUAACUGGAGUGCACACAAUGACAGAUGUUUCUUCCUCAGCAAAGACAACGAGACGCUUGCCGGAGCAUUGAAACUCUGCCAAGCAAUUGGUUCUCAGUAUGGCAGGACUGCGUCUUUGGCCACAGUGGACGAUGUCGCGACACAGAAAUUUCUUGAAAACCCCGUCAAACAGUCUGGAUACAAUGGUUUCUACAUCGGUUUAACUGAUAUCGUCGAAGAAGAUACAUUUGUUUGGAUAUCCUCCGGUAAAACUGCUACCUAUACCAACUGGGGUACCAUCCAGCCUAACAACAGAUAUGGAAACGAAAAUUGUGUGGUCUUUCGAAAUGAACCAGGCUAUGUAAUGACGUGGACAGAUGAUCCUUGCACCGAUCUCAACAAUUAUAUAUGUGAAAUGGCUGUUGCUGAGAUUCACGUACGCCAUGCUGUAUAAAGUCUCUACUCUAACUUAUAUUGUAUGUUUUGAAUGUGUUCAAUAAAUAAUUAACAAAUCC